AACACUCUAAAAAUACUGAAAAAUUCUAGAGUGAAAAAUGAACAUGCUACGACUCAAAAACAAGUAGCACUUAUAGUGCCAUUACUUUCGCCAGUGACUACGUUAAAUCAACAUUAUCAAAGUGCUCAAAUAGGUCAAUUUCAUUUCGAUUGCAUUCAUCGAUUGAAUUACAGUAAAGUUUCUCAGGAUUCUAAUUAG